UUACUGGGUUGAAGCUUUACAUAUGGCAGCUCACCUCUUUAAUCUCCUUCCCUCGACGACCAUUGCAAAUCAGAUUCCCUUCACUCGCCUCUUCAACAAACCUUCCUCUUAUGAUCAUCUUCGGGUGUUUGGGUGUUUGUGUUAUCCCAACCUUCUUCCUACGACUUCGAACAAGCUAUCUCCUCGUUCCACACGGUGCGUUUUUCUCGGGUAUCCCACUAAUCACCGUGGUUAUCGGUGUCUUGAUCUUGCUACUCAUCGUAUUAUUAUUUCUCGCCACGUCGUCUUCGACGAGACCACUUUCCCGUUUUCGUCCGUACGGUCGGCUUCUCCAUUACCGUCUCCUCCUACCUCUUAUCUCCCUCCUAUCUCUCUUCCUCUACCUCCUUCACCACCACUGCCUGUCGAUUCCCCAUCUCCUCCUCUAGCGCCUCCUUCACCUCUGAUACCGCCGUCUCCACCCUCACCUCCGUUAUCACCAACACAACCUCCUCCUCCGGUGCCUCCAUCUCCACCGGUGCCUCCGUCACCACUGGAGCCUCCGUCACCACCGGAGCCUACUUCUCCUCCGGUGCUACCACCAUCAACUGUUCAACAACCUCCUCCACCUCCAGCCCCUCCUCGUAUCCGCACAAGGAGUCAAAGUGGUAUUAUCAAACCAAAGCGCAUUCUUUCUCUUCACACUACCCACAUUUCUCCUCUUCCUCGUUCUCAUGUUCAAGCAGCUCGUGACCCUAACUAGAAUGGGGCAAUGUCAUCCGAGUAUACGGCUCAAAAAUCUGCUGGUACAUGGGAUCUUGUUCCCCGUCCUGUGAAUACUAACAUUGUGCGUUCUAUGUGGUUGUUUAGUCAUAAAUUUAAUGCAGAUGGCACUUUAUCUCGCUACAAAGCUCGGUUGGUCGCAAACGGCAAAUCGCAACAAGUAGGUGUUGAUUGUGAGGAGACCUUCAGUCCCGUCAUUAAACCAACGACAAUCCGUACUGUUCUUGACCUGGCUGUUGCACGUGACUGGCCUCUCCACCAACUUGAUGUUAAGAACGCAUUCCUUCACGGCGACCUUGAGGAAACCGUUUACAUGCACCAACCGCCGGGCUUUGUUGAUCCCGACAAACCAGAUCAUGUGUGCCUUCUCAAGAAGUCGUUAUACGGUCUCAAACAAUCUCCAAGGGCAUGGUUUCAUAGAUUUUCACAAUAUGCUACCAAGAUUGGCUUCCACAACAGCAAGUGUGAUGCGUCUCUCUUUGUUUAUCGCCAAGGCACUGAACUUGCCUAUCUUCUCUUAUACGUCGAUGAUAUCAUCCUCACUGCUUCUUCCUCGGCUCUUCUCAGGUCCAUUCUCUCCUCUCUUAAAUCUGAAUUUUUAAUGACUGAUCUUGGUCUACUUCACUAUUUUCUUGGCAUUGCGGUUCGCAGGGACAACAAUGGUCUAUUUCUCAACCAACACAACUAUGCGGCUGAUAUCAUCCAUCGUGCAAACAUGUCCAACUGUAAACCGGUCACAACUCCGGUUGACACCUCCGCCAAACUCCACGCUGAAGUCGGAGCUCCUGUUGCUGAUCCGUCAUUGUACCGUAGUCUUGCCGGCGCUCUCCAAUAUCUCACCUUCACUAGGCCGGAUAUCGCAUAUGUUGUCCAACAAAUUUGUCUCUACAUGCAUGACCCUCGUGAGCCCCACUUCACCGCCAUGAAACGCAUCCUCCGCUAUCUCAAAGGAACCAUCUCUGAAGGGCUACACAUCACUCGCUCCAAGACAACGACACUUACUGCCUAUACCGACGCUGACUGGGCUGGUUGUCCUAAUACACGCCGCUCCACCUCUAGCUUUGCCGUUUUUCUUGGUGACAACCUAAUCUUCUGGUCCUCCAAGCGCCAACCCACUGUCUCUCGCUCUAGUGCUGAGGCCGAGUAUCGCGGUGUCGCAAAUGUUGUGGCCGAAACAAUAUGGAUACGUAACCUUCUCCUUGAACUUCAUUUUCCUCUCAACACGGCGACACUAGUAUACUGUGAUAAUAUAAGCGCCGUCUACCUCUCUACCAAUCCGGUCCAACACCAACGCACCAAGCAUAUAGAGUUAGACAUCUUGUUUGUCCGUGAACGUGUUGCCAUGGGCCAGGUUCGUGUCUUCCAUGUCCCAUCCUCCCAUCAGUAUGCAGACAUCUUCACCAAAGGUCUACCUACAUCUCUGUUCCGUGAUUUCAAGUCCAGUCUCAAGGUUCAUCCUCAUCACGUUUCGACUGCGGGAGGAUAUUAGAAUAGGAAUACAUAUAUUCUUCUGUGUAUAUAAGGAAGCUUAGUUAAUAGCCCCAACGGCUAUAUUGUACAUCGACUCAUAUAUAAUCUUGUCAAUACAAUGAUACCGAUCAUCGAUUGGAUUAGACCUAAUCAAACAUAUUAGAAUACGAAUACAUAUAUGUAUUCCUAUUCUAAUAAUAUAUCCUUACGCAAUGCACAUCUUGUGUGAACUGCAUAGCC